AUGGAUAAGUUCUUUGAGAAUCAGUGGAUGGUCCUUAUGGCUGAAAUGUUGAAGCUCCAUUUUCAUGCAAUGGGGGAUUGCACUCAGAAGAAAGCCAGCAAGAGAGAGGGGGGAGAUGGUCCGGUUUUAAAGGGCAAGGUACCGAAUGAGACUUCAAAUAAAAGGGAGAAUUACAUUCCCUGGUUUUGUCAUUUAACUUGA